GCGCGCGCUGCUCCGUCGUCGCCUCAGUCGCCUCAGUCGCCCGCCCGGGGUUGCGGCCUGGAGGGCUUCGCGGAGGAGGAGGAGGAAGAAGCUCAGGUUCUCGCCGGGCGUGGCCGUCGUCAUCCUCCUCCGCGCCGCCGCCGUCGUAUCGAUCGGACACCGGCGAGAUCGAUGUCAGAAGACCGGCCGGGGUACGGAGUUCCUCUGGAGAGAGUCUGAGUCCCUUCGGCCGUCCUCCAGCCGCCGUCCGCCAGCACCGCCUCCCCCGUUGAAGGCCACCGAGCCCUCCUCCUCCUCCGCGGACGGCGACCGGCCUUCGCGCGGGCCUAGCAUGCGGCUCCUGCCGCCUCGCUGAUGAGAGGGAGAAUGGGGACCCAGGGCAGCCCCGUGAAGAGCUACGAUUACCUACUCAAGUUCCUGCUGGUGGGAGACAGCGACGUGGGCAAGGGCGAGAUCCUGGAGAGCCUUCAGGACGGCGCGUCCGAAUCCCCUUACGCCUACAGCAAUGGUAUCGACUACAAAACCACGACGAUCCUGCUGGAUGGCCGGAGGGUCAAGUUGGAGCUGUGGGACACGUCCGGCCAGGGCAGGUUCUGCACCAUCUUCAGAUCGUACUCCCGGGGGGCUCAGGGAAUCCUGCUGGUGUACGACAUCACCAACCGCUGGUCCUUCGACGGCAUAGACCGGUGGAUAAAGGAAAUUGACGAGCACGCCCCCGGGGUCCCCCGGAUCCUGGUGGGGAAUCGGCUGCACCUGGCCUUCAAGCGGCAGGUGCCGACGGAGCAGGCCCGCGCCUACGCCGAGAAGAACUGCAUGACCUUCUUCGAGGUCAGCCCGCUGUGCAACUUCAACGUGAUCGAGUCCUUCACCGAGCUGUCCCGGAUCGUGCUCAUGAGGCACGGCAUGGAGAAGAUCUGGAGGCCCAACCGAGUGUUCAGCCUGCAGGAUCUCUGCUGCCGGGCCAUCGUCUCCUGCACCCCCGUCCACCUCAUCGACAAGCUCCCGCUGCCCGUCACCAUCAAGAGCCACCUGAAGUCCUUCUCCAUGGCCAACGGGAUGAACGCGGUGAUGAUGCACGGACGCUCCUACUCGGUGGCCAGCGGCGGGGGCGGGGGCGGCAGCAAGGGCAACAGCCUGAAGCGCUCCAAGUCCAUCCGGCCCCCCCAGAGCCCCCCCCAGAACUGCUCCCGCAGCAACUGCAAGAUCUCUUAG